AUGGCGGCGCGGAUAUGUGAUCUGGUUCAGAAUGUAGGCAACCUGGUAUUUGGUGUCAACCUCCGGAAGUCGGAUAUACCCGUGGACGGUGUGACUGUGGCUCGCGUAAUGGGUGCUAGAAGAGUAUUUUCGUGCAUCGGAAUGGCGAAAUGGGAAGGCCAGAUACAGGAUACAGUUGGCUUGAAC